AUGGCCGCUGAGCUCUCGAGCACCAAGUUGAACCCGGACAGUCAUGUCCUCCUGGACCAACCACUCCUGCGUCUUCCUCAUGAACUUGUCAAGCGAAAUUUCCGAAAUACUCAACGCUAUGUAGAACGUGAACGAGACCAUAUCCUCCCUGCGCUCAAGGACACAGCGAAUGCCGCUCUCAGUUCGUCCCAGACUCCGGAACAGACCCUUGCGUCCCUUGACUCGAUGAUUCAGAGAAUGCAGAAUGUCAAGCGUAAACUGGAAAAAUUGCAUGUAGAGGAAGAAGCAUUGCACGACUAUUCGGCGAAACGUAUCAGACAUCUGCAAGAUCUAUAUCAGAUUCCGUCGCUAGUUGACGUCAAGUACGAACAAUGGUCUCGCACGAGGCUUGACCGUCUAAUGGUGGACUAUCUGCUUCGCUCCGGGUAUUCGAAGACCGCGUCUCUUCUAGCCGAAUCCAAACAAAUAUCCCAUCUGAUCGAUCUCGAUAUUUUUGUCGCCUGCCACAAGAUUGCCUCAUCUUUGACCAGAGGGGAGACGAAGGAGGCAUUGGCAUGGAUUAAUGAGAACAAGAACUCGCUGAAGAAACUCAUCACGGCGCCUCACAAAUCUACAGACCUUGAAUUCGAACUGCGCCUUCAACAGUUUAUUGAACUUGUUCGGGCUGGAACAACGGCAAAACGACUUGAAGCCGCAAUGUACGCCCAACAACAUCUCACGCCUCACACCUCUUCCAGACCGGAUGCCGUCAUGCUAGCAGCAGGACUACUGGCCCAGACUCCGUACUCUCACACCAAAGUAUAUCACGAACUGUUUGCGCCAUCGCGAUGGCAACAUCUGGCCGAUCUGUUUGUCGAAACUCAUCACACGUUGAUGUCUCUACCUGUUCAACCACUCUUACACGUUGCCCUCUCUGCCGGAUUGUCGGCACUUAAGACACCAUCUUGUCAUAGUGCCUACAACCCAGCCAGCUCUUCGACGCCAGGACACGCUCGAAUAUCUACAAACACAUCUCUAUGUCCCAUAUGUAGCAUGGAGCUCAAUGAUUUGGCUCGAGACGUCCCAUACGCACAUCAUACUACUAGUUCAGUCGAGUCAGAUCCAGUGGUUUUGCCAAAUGGACGUAUAUACGGACGUGCACGACUGGAAGAGCUUCAACGAAAGCUUGCAAUGGCCGGGGUUGGUGGCGGAGAGGCUGGUGUGCAGGACUUGAAGAUCGGCAAGGAAGGAGAGGUGAGGGAUCCCACCACUGGUGAGAUAUUUUCAUGGGGUGAGGUCAAGAAGGUGUUUAUCAUGUGA